AAGGAUGUUGCUUACAUUGCCGAAGUUGUUAGGAAAUGCUAUUCGUGUUGGAUCCAUGAGGAACUUGGCGUUCAACAGGGCCGUUGGAUUUAGUGCCACGACCACACUCACCAGAGGUACUAUACCGCAGUUGCGGCUUGCUCAGAAAGCGUUCAACUCACAAAUUCCCAAAGCAACAGCAGCCACUUCAGUUCUCAAGAAGUCUAGGAGGCGAAGGGGAUGGGCAAAAUGGUUGACGGUAAGCACGCUAGUGAUCGGUACCAUUUCGUACAUGGGAUAUUUGGUGACACCGGACUGGCGAGAGAUUGUCGAUAGCAAACAUUAUUACUCAAAUUGGAAGAUUAGGACGUACUUGUCACUACCAUUCAAUGCGGCUUCCCGUCUUGUAGGCGGCAUUGCAAACCGGGAAAUCCCCGUAUGGCUUCGAGAGCCUAUCCUGGGCUUCUUUGCCCGGAUGUACGAUUGCCGAAUGGAUGAAGCCAUAGAGUCAGACUUUAGGGCUUACCGCUCCUUUGCUGCCUUCUUCAAUCGACAACUUAGAAAAGAAGUGCGACCGAUUAGCGCAAGCUCAUUGGUCUCCCCUGCUGAUGGUGUCGUACUUCACUAUGGUAAAGUUGAAGAUGGAAAGAUCGAAUAUGUCAAAGGACACGACUAUGAGGUUGCUUCCUUUCUUGGUGAUGUCGAAAUGACGCAAAAGGAUGAGCUUGACCUCUAUCAAGUUGUGAUUUACUUGGCCCCUGGAAAUUACCAUGCUUUCCAUUCACCAACAAGAUGGGUUGCAAAAAUGUGCCGUCAUGUUCCAGGUCUGCUGCUGUCAGUCCGUCCAUCACUUUUGAGCCAUGUCCCUCACCUGUUCUGUCUCAAUGAGCGAGUAGUACUAAAUGGAACAUGGAAACAUGGAUUCUUUUCAUUAUCAGCUGUCGCGGCUACUAAUGUCGGAGAUAUUGUUAUCGAUGCUGAACCAACGCUGCGAACAAAUUUGGUAAGGCGGAAGAAGGAUAAAAUAUUGCAUAUUGAAACUGACAUGCAUAGUGCCUAUCUUCCUGGUGAUCGUGUUGGAGAAUUCCGAUUAGGCUCUACUGUUGUGCUGGUUUUCCAAGCUCCACCGACGAUCAAGUUUGCCAUCAAAGCUGGCGAUCCUUUACGUUAUGGCCAGAGUCUGGUUGUCGAUGGACUUUAGGAUACAUCCAGUAAUUAUAGCUGUUCUAUGUGAUCAUAGCUAACUAGUCAGCUUGCACGCUUUCACAUGCACCUCUUAAACUCUACAGGGCCAGUUUUAUUAAUUUGUGUGUUAAUUUUUUUUACCGUAUUGUCAGGCACUUACACUUAUUCA